CUCCUCGAUAUAGUGAAACUGGCUCUCUCUCGCCCGUGGACUAGCUAACACACAUCGUGUUAGUUAACCACGUAAAUCGUGUGUCUUUGUUUUUCGAUUCUCGCUUUCGUAUUCAUGCUUUAUCGAUUCCGGCAAUUUUCCUAUCCAUAGCAGCGCAUUUAUAACAAGUGGUAUCAGAGCCACGGCUGGAAAUCAGGCAAGGGUUUUCGAUUCAGAAGAAUGACGUUGGUGAACAUGAAGAUCGAAAAGUUCACCGGGAAGAACAGCUUUGCUAUAUGGCAGAUCAAGAUACAUGCUUUAUUGAAACAACAAGGGCUAUAGGGGCCGCUGUCUGCGAAACAGAAGAAGGCAGCGGUCGAUGACGAUGAGUGGAAUACCCUAGAGGAGAAGGCCCACUCGACCAUCAUGCUAUCGUUGUCUGAUGACGUCAUCAUUGAAGUUGCUGCUGAGAAGAUUGUAGCGGGCUUGUGGUUGACACUUGACAGUCUGUACAUGACUAAGUCUCUAACCAACAAGCUGCAUCUCAAGCAACGGUUGUUCAACUUGAGGAUGCAAGGAGGUACGCCUUUGAGGGAACAUCUCGAACACCUUAACUCUAUUUUGCUGGAUCUGCGUAAUAUAGAUGUUCAAGUUGAUGACGAGGAUGCUGUCCUAAUCCUAAUGGUUUCUUUGCCGAGUUCAUAUGAGAAUUUCGUUGAUUCUUUAAUUGUCGGUAAAGAAAGUGUGUCCUUGGAGGAUGUCAAGUCUGCUCUUCAUACGAGAGAGAUCAGGCAUAAGGCGUUCGGAUCUGGUACAAGUGGCGAGGCAGAAGAAACACGAGGGAACAUGAGUGAAUGAGGGAUGCAAGUUCUGUCAAAGAGGGAUCUUCUUUGCGGGCACAAGGUGCAGAAUUUGGAAUUUUGCGAGCAUUAUGUGUUUGGGAAGCUACAUCGCAACAAGUUUCCCAAGAAGGGUAUCCACCGGACGAAGGGGAUACUGGAUUACGUAUCAAAAUGUGACUCUAUUAUGAAGAAAUAUCACUUCACUUUUAACAACUGCAGAAGGUCCUUACUAUUCUCUUAGGUAAAACUAUUGAUUUAUUAGAUAUUUGAAUGCUCAUUCUUGUUUGGGCCUUUUGAACAUUCGAUAAGUGAUAGCAUCAUAUUUGCACAUGUUUGCACCCUCGUUUCUUGAUUAUUUUGUCUCAAGUUUAUACUUUCUUGGCCAAUUUUAUGCUAUGUUGUUCUCCUUUGUCACAUUUUAGGUCCUAGCACGUAAAGUGAAGUAUAGACGCAAGUUUCAUGUCAAUCAGAGAUCAAUUGGCGAUUUGGGAAAAGAAACUCAGGCAUGACCUGAAGAAACACAGGCAUCAAAGACAUUGGAACAUGAGCUGAGGAAGAAACACAGGCAGAAGAAACAUGGUCGUGCUUUGUCCUUUCGCGCCCGUGUGACGAGAAGAAACAAGGGAAGGGCUGAAACACGACCUGAGAAACAUGAUCGUAUUUCAGUCUGUUGCUUGGGUAUAAGUAUGGUUUUUGCGAUUUUUGGAGUGGAAGAGCUGGGUUUUGGAUCCCAAACACCCAAGGGACAAACUCUAGAGAGAGAGAAACUUGACAACAUUAUUGGAGCUAUUUUGGAGGAUUUAUUCACCAUUGGAGCUCGAGAAUCAAGUUUGGAGAUGGAGAUUGAAGAUUUAGAUAAUAUUUCUACAACCUCUCUCUUCUCUAUCGUGUAACUUCCCUUCACUUAGUUUUUUAGGGAUCCUAGUUCCAUGUGUUAGGAUCUUUCUUGUAUCAACUUUUGGAUGCUAUACUUGUUGGUUUUAAUCAAUUGAGGCAUGAUUUGUUGAGUCAAUUGAAUCCUGGUCAUAUUCUCUUGAUUUCUGCUUUAAUCUAUGAUAGAUAAAAUCUGAUUAGGUUAAAAGAGCUUCCUUGAUUGAUAGCAGUCAAUUGUGGAGAUUUUGAGGCAAUUCUUAAAGGUUAGGCAUGUACGUGAAAGGAUAAAAAGAAUGUGACAAAGUGGUGGUUCUCUAAAGAAAAAAAAAAUAGAAAAUAGAACAAAAAUGACAAAGAAAUGAAAGAAAAAGAUAGCCACCACAAAAAUCUAAAUCAUGUUCAUUAAAUAGUGUUUCUUAGUAGCCUGGGUUGGAAAUACUAACAUGUUGUGACUUCCUUCACUCUUGUGCUCUAAAGAACUUGAUCAAUGCAGAAUAGCAUGGAGAAAGUAAUUGGUUCGAAUGAAUAUUGUUGUGUUGGGUUUUGGAACUAUGGAACCUUGUGUCAUGAAUAUUUCCACCACCUAAAAGUUCUUUUUCUCAUGUCCAAGUCCCUAGCUAGUAAUCUAAACCCGUGUCUAAGACCUCAAGACAAGUUAGUAGUGACACUUGAUAUGUGAACUCUAGCAUUUAGAGGCUGUCGUCAUGGUGAAGAGACGUUAGGAAUUGAGAGUAUGAGUAUGCACACAUCUUGCAUCAAAUUUUGUUUUGACCCCACUGGUAGAGAGUGAGUGAUUCAAUUUUCGUAUUAUAUACCCUGGUGAGGACCUAGAUUGCUCGGUCUUGAUUCUGAUGUCUUGAAUUUUAUGCAUGAGGUAACUGUUUUGAAUGAGUGGUUGAGUCUAUUCUAUGUUGAUCGGUGAACAGAAGUGAGACUUUUCCUUUGCCAGAUUUUGCUGCACUCGAAUGUCAUCUGUGGUGAUUCAAUUUUCAUAUUAUAUACCCCGGUGAGGACCUAGAUUGGACGGUCUUUAUUCUGAUAUCUUGAAUUUUAUGCAUGAGGUGACUGUUUUGAAUGAGUGGUUGACUCUAUUCUAUGUUGGUUGGUGAACAGAAGUGAGACAUUUCCUUUACCAGAUUUUGCAGCACUCGAAUGUCAUCUGUGGUGGUUGUCUAGGUUGUUGUUGAUGUGUUGAUGUCUAAAAGUCAGUACGAUUCACGUGUUUUGUGCCUACAUGAUAUGUCCCCAAAGAUUGCAUGGUUAAAACGUUUUUAGCUUACCUUGUGUCUGACUUUGUUUGCUUGGGGAGAAACAAAUAGUUAAGUGUUGGGGAAUUUGAUAGCAUCAUAUUUGCACAUGUUUGCACUGUCGUUUCUUGGUCGUUUUGGCUCGAGUUUGUGCUUUCUUUGCCACUUUUAUGCUAGGUCGUUUUCGUUUGUCAUAUUUCAGGUCCUAGCACGUAAACUGAAGUAUAGGCGCAGGUUUCAAGUCAAUCAGAGAUCAAUUGGGGAUUCGGGAGAAUAAACUCGAGCAUGACCUGAAAAAGAAUGGAUUUCUACCUCAUUUUAUGGACAAAAAAUCAUGUAUGCUUGUCAUUAAACGAAAGAGGAUGAGACAAAGAGCGUCUGUGAUCAAACGAUGAUUGAUUCGAAGUCCGGGCGAGGGAGAAACGAAGCAUCAAAGACAGUGGAACAUGAGCUGAGGAAGAAACACGGGGAGGAGAAACAAGGUCGUGUUUUGUCCUCCUGUGCCCGUGUUUUUAGUGAUGAGAAGAAACAAGAGAAGUGCUGAAACACCGCUUGAGAAACACAACCGUGUUUUUGCGUGCUGCUCGGGUAUAAGUUUGUUUUCUGUGAUUUUUGGAGUGGGAAAGCUGGGUUUUGGAUCCCAAACACCCAAGGGAUGAAUCCUAGAGAGAGAGCAACUUGGGAUCAUUCUUGGAGCUAUUUUGGAGGAUUUAUUCACCAUUAGAGCUCGGGAAUCAAGCUUGGAGAUGUUGAUUCAAUUGAAUCCUGAUCAUAUUCUGUUGAUUUCUGCUUUAACCUAUGAUAGAUAGAAUCUGAUUAGGUUAAAAGAGCUUGCUUGAUUGAUAAUAGUGAAUUGAUGAUAGAUAGAAUCUGAUUAUAGUUAAUUGCUAUCGACUGAACUUAAUGCUCGCUAUCAACCUUCCCCUUUGCCUUAUGAAAGUAGGUUCUGGAAAUGUCUGUGACAUCUUCCUCUGGUUCCCAAGCUCAAAUUCUUUUGUUGGAGGAUGGUGCAUCCCUUGGAACCUGAGUAAUAAAAAAUCAGCCUAUCCGGGCUCGGCUGCGAAGGUAGGGGAAAUGAAAAAUGAGAGAUACCGACUCAGGAACAAACAAAGAUCGAAGAAGAUACUCAUUCCACUACUGAGAGCAGUGGCGGAUCCAGGGCUGGGCCAACCCAGGCCCCGGCUCAUCCCUCCUCCGGAUCCAUUGUUAGUUUAGUGCUUAUAAAAUUUUUCGAUUUAGGUAUUUGGCCCAAUGCUAUUUAAAAUUCUGUCUAGUUUUAUUUGAUAAUAAGAUUUUGUGUAACUA